AUGGCCUGGAACUGUAGGGGGCUUGGGAACCGGCGUACAGUUCGUGCUCUUGAGAAGGUAGUGUCUUCUGAAGAUCCCAGUUUUAUUUUUCUUAUGGAAACAAAAUUAGUUUUAUCUGAAAUGGAUGGUAUAAAGGAGGGGUUGAAAAGGUCCCAAGGGCUGGUGGUGCCGUGCAAGGGACGCAGUGGGGGUUUAGCGUUGAUUUGGAAAAAAGAAUUGAAAGUGGACAUCCAAUCUUUCUCCGACAGCCACAUUGAUGCGAUAGUCGAUCAGGGGGUGAUAGGGAAACAAUGGAGAAUAACGGGUUUUUACGGAAACCCGGAUACGAGUAAAAGGCAGGAUUCGUGGCUGUUGCUCAACCGGUUAUCUUCCCUGAACUCUCUGCCGUGGGUCUGCAUUGGUGACUUUAAUGAGUUGUUGAGUAGUAGUGAAAAAGAGGGUGGCGGUACUCGCCCAGCGAAACAAAUGGAGGCCUUCUGUGAUGCAAUUAACAUGAGUAGCCUUCGUGACUUGGGGUAUACAGGCCAAGACUUUACUUGGAGUAGGCGUUUGGGCAACAGAGGGUGGAUUAAGGAGCGGCUUGACAGGGCUCUAGUAUCUACAAAUUGGGCUGCCAGGUUCCCGAAAAUGCAACUCCUCCAUAAACCCAACUCUUCCUCGGAUCACUGUAUUCUAAUUCUCAAAGAGAUUCAACAUAAAAGGAAGGGUGGGCGUCGGAAGAAAAUGUUCCGCUUCGAAGAAAUGUGGCUAAAAGAUGAAGAUUGUAUCGGAGUGGUAGAUGAGGCUUGGGACAGGGGACUGCACCUGGGGUCCAUUGCUCCUCUUUCUUCCUGCCUAGAGGAAUGCAGGCGAUCCCUGUCUGCCUGGAACAAUAACUCCUUCGGGCACGUGGGGAAAAAACUAGCGAUGUUGCAAACCAGAUUGGAGGGGUUGGAAGGUAUGGGGGGUUCAUCUGUUGUUAUGAAAGAGAUAGAAUGCACUAGAACAGAGAUAAACAAUUUAUUGGAUUCUGAGGAAAUCAUGUGGCGCCAAAGGUCCAGAAUAAAUUGGCUGAAGCACGGGGAUAAAAACACGUCUUUCUUCCACACUAAGGCGUCUAGCAGAAAUACCAGGAACACUAUUCUGGGAGUGAUGGAUAAUUCUGGGUUCUGGCAAAGUGAAGAUGGGGGUAUUGAAAAUUCUUUUGUGGACUAUUUUGGGAGCUUAUUUACUACGUCCAACCCAGUGGUGAGUGAAGAACUUAUCCAAGCUAUUGAAGGAAAGGUGACGGAGCCAAUGAACGCUUUGCUCACUAGGGAUUUCCAGGCCUCAGAAAUUGACAAUGCUCUAAAACACAUGUACCCCACAUCCGCCCCAGGCCCAGACGGGAUGCCCCCAAUAUUUUACCAGAAAUUCUGGCCUAAGGUACGCCCUGUAGUUGUGAAUUCUGUUCUAGAUUUUCUAAACUUAGGCAUUAUUCCCAUGAACUUCAAUGAAACUCACAUUGCUUUAAUUCCAAAAGUAAAAGAACCUCAAAGGGUGACUGAUUUUCGUCCUAUUAGUUUAUGUAACGUUGUGUAUAAACUUGCUUCCAAGUCUAUUGCUAAUAGGCUUAAAAAGGUUUUACCUAAUCUAGUGUGUGAGAACCAAAGUGCCUUUGUGGCGGAAAGGCUCAUUACAGACAACGUGUUGGUGGCGUCGGAGACAAUGUUCCAUAUCAGCCAGCGAAGAAAGGGCAGGGUGGGGGAGAUGGCCUUGAAGCUGGACAUGAGCAAGGCCUACGAUAGGGUCGAAUGGGGCUGCCUGGAACGGAUCAUGUUGAAAAUGGGCUUUGCGGAGAAAUGGGUAACCCUGAUCAUGAGGUGCAUCUGCUCAGUAUCGUAUGCCAUCAAAAUUAAUGGAAUCCCUCGUGGCCAUAUCAUCCCUUCACGGGGUUUACGCCAAGGCGACCCAUUGUCUCCUUACCUCUUCCUUCUCUGUGCGGAAGGCCUCUCGGCAAUGCUACACAAGGCUGUGCAAAGAAAGAGCCUCAGUGGGAUUUCUGUUUGUAGAAGAGGACCAAAAAUAUCCCAUCUCUUUUUUGCGGACGAUAGCAUCAUUUUCGGAAAAGCAACUGAAGCGGAGGGAGAGGAAAUUCUAAGAAUUCUCAAAGUGUAUGAAGCUUCUUCGGGGCAGCUUCUAAAUAACCAAAAAACCUCCCUCUUCUUUAGUAGAAACACUAGAGGAGAUGUGCAAUCGAAGAUCAAAAACUUGUUUGGCGCUCAAGUGAUUAAGCAACAUGAAACUUACCUUGGCCUUCCCUCCCUCAUUGGAAGAUCAAAAUCCAAUUCUUUUGCUCAAUUGAAAUCCAAGGUUGCUUCCAAGCUGUCGGGCUGGAAAGAGAAACUCCUCUCGGCUGCCGGCAAAGAGGUUCUCAUCAAAGCCGUGGCCCAAGCAGUCCCGGCCUAUACCAUGAGCUGCUUCAAGCUCCCGGACAACCUUUGUAAUGACCUCACUAGCAUGAUUCGUCAGUUUUGGUGGGGCCAAAGAAAGAAUGAGAAGAAGCUGGCCUGGGUUAGUUGGGAGCGGCUUUGUCAACCUAAGGAAAAAGGCGGGAUGGGAUUUAGAGACUUGAAGAGUUUUAAUUUGGCUCUUUUAGCGAAACAAGGGUGGAGGCUACUGUCUAACACCCAAUCUCUUUUCUCAAGGGUGUUUAAAGCGAAGUACUUCCCGGAGUGUAAUUUUACGGAGGCUGCCAUGGGUAACCACCCGUCCUUCGCGUGGCGAAGCAUUAUGUCUGCCCAAUCAGUGGUUAAAAAGGGGAUUCGGUGGAAGGUGGGUAACGGCAGGAGCAUCCAAAUCUGGACUGAGGAUUGGCUGCCUUCAUUGGCUUACCCGAGGAUCCUCUCUCCUGCUCUGGCCCACUGGACAAACGCAAAGGUUUGUGACCUCAUUGUGGAAGAGCGUGGAGAAUGGAACAUGGGCGUUAUAAGGCACCUUUUUAACCCUGUGGAAGCUUACCUGGUGUUGAGUAUCCCUCUUAGCCAAAGGUUGCAAGCGGAUAGAGUGGUGUGGGGGGGCACAAGGAGUGGAAAAUUUUCAGUUAGCAGCGCCUAUCACAGAGUUCGGGAAAUAGCGAAUUCCAACAAGGAAGAAUGCUCGGAUGCAUCGGAGAUGAAGGUCCUAUGGAAACGAAUUUGGAAUCUGCAUCUUCCUAACAAAAUUCGGAGUUUUGCUUGGAGAGCUUGCCGUGGUGCCUUAGCCACCAAAGCCAACCUGAAGAAGAGGCAAAUCACAAAGGAUGAGACGUGCAACCUCUGCGGGAAGGCUGCUGAAUCCAGCACCCAUCUCUUCUGGUUUUGUGAUAAGGCUCAAGAAGCUUGGUGCAACAGCAAAAUGGCUCUCCCUUUCGCUAUUGAUAAUAGUUGGGAUUUCAUUGAUGUCAUAUGGCAUCUAGUUAAACAUAGCCCGGCGUCCUCGAACUUAAUGGAAAAAACCAUCUCCUUUUGUUGGGAAAUCUGGAAAGACAGGAACACCGUUCGCAACGGGGGUGUGAGUAAGCCAGGUCACAUUCUGGCCAGGAGCUCAGUUGCUAUGGUGGUGGACUUUAGGACAGCAAACGAUAGGGUGUUGUUGUCUAGUCCAGAGCGGUUCGUCAGGUGGCUUCCUCCAGAACCUCCUAGGUACAAAAUGAAUGUCGAUGCGGCCAUUUUUAAAGACCUUCGGGCUAUGGGGGCAGGAAUGGUGCUAAGGGACUCGCAAGGUUUGGUCUUGGCGGCUAUGAGCAAGAGAGUUCCUGCCAAUCUGGAUGCGCUGGCAGCAGAGGCGAAGGCUAUGGAAAUUGCGGUCCAGUUUGCAGGGGAGGCGGGAUUUAGAGAGGUGUACUUUGAGACUGACUCCAGCUCUCUUAGGAACAUCUUAUCUGGGAUUUCUGAGGCCCCUGCAGCUAUCGAAACAAUCACGGGCAACAUCUUGGCCCAUUUAGAUAAUUUUCGUUUUGUUUCUUUCUGUCAUGUUAAAAGGGAAGGCAACAGGCCAGCCCACAUCCUAGCCCAACAUGCAAAAUAUGUGGGUGAUUUUGUUGUUUGGUUGGAGGAAACUCCUAACUUGAUUGAGGAUGAGUGUUCUCAGGAUAUUGCUUGUAAUGUUUCUGAAGUUUUAUAA